AAAAAAAACAGACUUACACAAGAUUUCAACAAAAAUGACGAACGGUCCACGCAAUUCGUAUCCCCGAAAUUUACUUCCUUCAUAAACGAAAUGUGACAAAGAUUCGAUGAAAGACUUGUAAGAGAAAUGGAAAGGAGAUAUCAAUAAGCACAUUGAUAAUCAACAACAACAACAACAAAAUAAUAUAUAUAUACAUAAAUGAUCAUCCGCUCAUCUAGUCCUUCUUCACAAAAAAUAGAAAGAAAGAAAGAAAGAAAGAUAGAAAGAAAAAAAAAAGUAAUUAACAAAUAAUAAAAUAAUAAUAUAAAAGAAAAUUUUUUAUCAAACGCUAAGCCGAUCACACAUAUUUACAUGCAUACAUAAAUACAUUAAAACAUAUUACAUGAUACAUUUUAGUGCGAGAUAUAAACUUGAUUUUUAUUAGAGGAAAACAAUAAGAAAAAAAAAAAGCAUAAAAUAAAUUAUGCGCGCCGGCAUUAUUUACUCACGCAGAAAAUUUUUCAUGCACGCAAAAACACACACACACACAUACGCAUUUUCACAUGGCAUCGUCAUUGUAUAAGAAAAUGAAGAUAAGUUGAGGAAGAAAAAGAUAAUAUUGCUAAAAAGAACGAUCUACCUUGUGUAAAUAAACGAUAUAUGUACGUUGGUACCUCAUGUCAUUGUUUCACCAACUCUUAAACACUAUUCAACGCUCAUCGCUAAUCAUUUUCAAUAAGCUUAAUCAUGACAUUUAUUUAAUACGAUAUAUAUUCGGUAUAAUUAUUUAUAUUAAUUAAUAUAAAUUAUCACCUCCUGGAAAUAUGCAACACUCCAGACACCGUUGAUAAUGUUGCUCGUGAGCGCCAUCUAUCAGUAUGAAACGUCCCCUCAGAGUAUGCAACCACAGAUUACAGAUAUGUACGACGGUAUUGCAUACUCAAUCAUACUGGUAGAUGGCACAAGCAAUAUUAACAACGAUGUCUGGAAUGUAGCAUAUCUCCAGGGGCUGAUAAUUUAUAUUAAUUAAUAUAAAUAAUUAUAAAUUAAUAUAGAUCACACUCUCAUUUUUUUUUUUAUAUGUCACAUUAUAAUAUUAGAAUUAUAUAAUAGGCAAACAGCAACAAGAAGAAACAAAAAAAAACUCUGAUUUAUAUUAAUAUUUAACAUUUGAUAUUGUUCAGAAAAUUCAUUCACCAAAAAUUUAAAUAUUUAGCAUGACGAUGAAAAAUUAAUAUUCAAAUAGUUUGGAAUAAUAGUUUAUCAUAUUAAUUAAACAGUUGGUUUUUUACGAUCGUUUUUCUAUGAACUAAAGCUAAGUAACACUGUUAUAAGACAUUGAAACUUUUCGAACGAUCUACUGUCUAACGUCUAUACGCCUGUGCGAGAUAAAUUAAUUAUAGAUUGUUAAAAUGAUCGAUUUGACAGUUAAUUUCAUGAAAAAAAAAAAAAAAUAAUAGCAUAUUCCAUCUAUCUCAGAAAUGAAAAGAAGAAAAAGUAAACUGAAGAACUUGCUCAGCAGUAAUUACACGUUUCUAACAGCGUGUGCUUCUUAGAAACAACAUACAAUUAAAAGGAAAUGUCACAAGGAAGAAAAUGAAAGGAAAGACUUAACAAAGAAAAGAAGAUCAUUAAAUUUGCAGUCACUUGUCUUACGUCUGACUUUUGAAAAGUUCGUGACUACUUCUUCAAGAAGAUGGAGAAAAGAGGGUUUAAAUAUUUUAAUAGGAUACGCCCGAUUCUUUUCUAACUCUCCUUUCGUUCAGAAUGUUUUACGCCUUCUUAACAACUCUAUGGAUAUUUUCGAUCUUCCCUACUAUAGGAUAAAACACCUUUUAAUUAAGAUCAAAGACGAAUGGAAGUUAUGGAAAACUAAAGAAGAGAUAACUAUAAUGGAAAAGUAUGCCAAAGAAGGAAGAUUAUAUACGAUAGGAUACAUAAGUAAGAUUUUAUGUUCAUCAUAUGUAGCAGAGUUACUAGGAAAAUCAACGGAAGUAUUGAAAUUUGCAGCAUUUACAUUGGCUCAACUUUUCCAUGUCUAUUGUAUUAGUUUUGUCGGGCAAAGAAUAAUUGAUCAUAGCAGUGAUAUUUGUUUUAAAGCAUAUAGUGGAUUAUGGUACGAUGCGCCAAUGGUAGUACGUAAAAUGAUUUUGCUUAUUAUUCGAAGGAGCCUUAAACCAUCUUAUUUAACCGCAGGAAAAAUAUUCGUAUUUUGUUUAGAAACUUUCUCGACGGUAAGAAUAUAAAAA